GAAAAUAUCCAGCCGUUCCUCCCGCCGUUCUCUCUCCUCCGAUUUUUAUACCCCGUCGUUCUCAUCCGCUCGCGCAGCAAGAAGAAAAAUCUGGCCGCCGCUCAUUAGGUGGAUUUUUUCCCACGUAACGUCCAUGUACUAUGUGCUUAUCCCCCAUCAUGAUAGCCUCCAGGAGUUGACACCCACAGCCACGUGAGUUGUCCUUCCGGUGUUGCCAGGUCUCGGAAGACACGCUGUCUUCAUCUUCCAUGGAGCUGGUUGUGAGCUCCGCGUACGGCUCCGGCCAUCACUCCUCUGGUUGUGUCUCUCCAGCAUCACGACUCCAUCCCUUCAUGCUCGUAUCUGGAGCUCGCUCGGCCUACAGCUCGCUUGUACCCCGGCCGCCGUGUUGUUCCUGUUCGUCUUCAGCGCCGGUCGAGCAUCGCCGCUUGGGAAUGGCGCACGGCCAUCCCGUCUCGACCUCCUCCAGCUCCUCCAUCCCUUGUUCCUUGGCGCUCGCCAAGGGCCUCUCCUUCAUCUUUUGUCGCGUCUCAACUCCCAUGGCCGCCUCUACGCACGAGCUCGCCGGACGCCGCAGCAUAUGCUCCCUGCUCGGCCUCCCCGGCGUGCUGCUCCCUCGCCUUGGCGCCCCUGCGAGCUCCUUCUCCCUCGCCCGGUUUCCAGCUCGAGCCUCGCCGGAUGCCGACGCUGCUUCUCUGACCUCGUCUCGACACUCAAUCGCUGCAGCACGCCAUAUCGCCAAUUUUCCUCGUCAUUUCUCGGCUACAACCUCGUCAGCUUCUGCGAGUCGUGCGCGUCUUGUGUUCGGGUCGAGCCCAAGGAUUUUAAGGAAAAAGAAGCUCUAGUGCUUCGGCCGGUGAAAUGAAUAAAAUGGUGGUAGUCAUGGUCCUUGCAAAAUCCGAGAUCGACUUAGUUGCGGUAAGCUCAUAUAUUACUCUGGCUAUUUGAUUUAAUUAACGAAUUAAAUGAGUAUAUUGGUCACGACGAUUCUUUAGUUAGUUGCACAUGUGUUGUGGUUAUAUUAAAUGUUUGCUAAAAUGUCUUAAUCGAAUAUUUGUUCGACUUAAAACCAA